UCAAACCUCUUCUUGACUGCUUUCGCAGAGUUUUGAAACCGAUUUCAAGUUUGUACUCAUUUUAUCACGUACGAUAUAACGAGUGGCGAAAUUUAUCAAGCUAAUUCUUCAUCCGGAACGCUAAAAUGGACAAUUCAGGCCUUACAAUCGUAAACAAUAUACUCAAAGGUAACGAGAUUCCUUGUACCGAUUUCGACUACGGUAGUAUCGGAGAAAUGAUUCUAGACAAACUGAAAAGCGAUCCAAAUUUCGUGGGACAAAUUGAUGGUGCCACUGGCGAAGAAUAUACCUUCGAAAAAAUGCAAGACAGAAGUGUGAGGUGUGCCUUGUGGCUGAAGAAACAGGGUUUGCUCCCGAAAUUCUCGAAAGACGCAAAGCACAAACAGUUUUUGUAGCCCCAAAUAUCGUCAACAGAUUAUUGAAAUCCGACGCUUUGAGCAAGUACGAUCUCUCCUGUAUCAAGUCUGUAAUUUGUGGUGGAGCCAAACUGUCAGUUGCGUCUCGUGAUGCAUUUGCUAAAAAGUUACCAGGCGCUUCCAUCCUAGCUGGCUAUGGCAUGACAGAACUAGGAGCUGGCACAUCAGUACAAUCAAACAGCUCAAAACCCGAAUCGCGUGGCCGCCUCUUAAUCAAUUGCCAGCUGAGGGUAGUGGAUACAGAUACGGGCAGAGUAUUGGGAACUAAUCAGGUGGGUGAACUAUUGUAGAAGAAUGACACCAUGAUGAACUGUUACUAUAACGAUCCAGAUGCUACAGCCGCAACCAUCGACAAGGAAGGAUGGAUGCAAUCGGGAGAUCUUGGUUACUACGACGAGGACGGAGAGAUCUUCGUGGUAGAUAGGCUGAAAGAACUGAUUAAAUACAGGGGUUAUCACAUAUAUCCGGUUGAAGUCGAGAGUGUGCUCUUGUCUCACCCUGGUGUCAAAGAGGUGGCAGUCGUGGGCUUGCCUCAUCCUGUGGAUGACGAGCAUCCUAUUGCUUUUGUAGUUAGAACGGAGUCUUCUCUCACCGGAGAAGGGGUUACAGAACAGGAAUUGAUUGACUUGGUGGUGACCGAAAUGGCUGACAGUAAACGACUGCGGGGUGGAGUCAAAUUCCUGGAUAACCUACCGAAAACACCGUCAAAUAAUAUUCGACGCGGAUAUGUACGCGACCUAGGGAGAUCUAUGGCAACAACGUGACGAUCAGCCAUAAAUUUUCUCAUCUCCAAGAGCAAUUAGUUAAGGAAUAAAUUUAAGGGAUAGGUACGUUUUAACUGUCAAACACUCUUAUACCAUUUCAUCCGAUACAUCGCUCGGAAAGUAUUUGAAGU